GCCAAUGUCAAGCCUCACUUAAAAGCUUCUGCUCGGGCACGUUUCUGAGCUACUCGUCGUUCCACUUUAUCAAUAACUAAAUAAAACCUCCAUAUACGUUAUUUUUAGUUUCUCCUUCCAGUUAAACAUACUCAGACAUGGAGAGUUACCACAAACCCGACGAGAAAACUCUUCAGGGCCUGAAGAGCAUGGCUAACAAGCUAAGAAUUCACUCCAUCAGGGCGACGUGCGCCUCAAAUUCAGGACACCCCACAUCAUGCUGCAGUGCUGCUGAGAUCAUGUCUGUGCUGUUCUUCCACACCAUGCGCUACAAAGCUGAUGAUCCCCGCAAUGCCUGCAACGACCGCUUUGUUAUGUCUAAGGGUCAUGCCGCUCCCAUUCUCUAUGCAGCAUGGGUUGAAGCUGGCUAUGUGAAAGAGGCUGAAUUGCUUAACUUGCGCAAGAUUGACUGUGACCUUGAGGGCCACCCUACACCUAAAUUAGCCUUUGUGGAUGUGGCUACAGGCUCCCUGGGCCAGGGUCUGGGAGCUGCAUGUGGGAUGGCUUACACAGCAAAAUACUUCGACAAGUCCAGCUACCGUGUGUACUGCCUGCUGGGAGAUGGUGAAUGCUCUGAGGGUGCAGUUUGGGAGGCCAUGGCUUUUGCUUCUCACUAUGGCCUGGACAACCUGGUGGCCAUUCUGGAUGUUAACCGCCUAGGACAGAGUGAGGCUGCACCUUUGAAGCAUGACAUGAAUGCCUAUCUUGAGCGCUGCAAGGCUUUUGGCUGGAACACAUGUGUGGUUGAUGGCCAUGAUGUGGAAGAGCUGUGUAAGGAACUGUGGCAUGCAGAACGCUUUAAAGGGAAGCCCACUGCUAUUGUAGCCAAAACCUUCAAGGGCAAAGGGCUCAAAGGCAUAGAGGACAUUGAUAAUUGGCAUGGUAAGCCUAUCCCUAAGGACCGUGUGGAAGAACUGAUUUCUCAUCUUGAGAACCAGAUCCAGGCUUCCAGUAAACCCCUCCAGGCUGCACUGCCUAAUGAGGAUGCAGCUCCUGUUGAUCCAAGUCCCAUCUACCUGCAGACUCCUCCAGAAUACAAGUCAGGAGACAAGAUCUCUACCAGGAAAGCCUAUGGUGUUGCACUGAAGAAGAUGGGAGAUGCCAGCCAGCGUAUUGUGGCUCUGGAUGGAGAUACCAAAAAUUCGACUUUCUCUGAGACAUUUAAGAAAGCGCAUCCUGAUCGCUACAUAGAGUGUUUCAUUGCAGAACAGAAUAUGACAAGUGUGGCAAUUGGUUGUGCCACUCGCGAUCGCACAGUCCCAUUUGCCAGCACAUUUGCUGCUUUCUUAUCGCGUGCCUAUGAUCAGAUCCGCAUGGCAGCAAUUUCUCAGUCUAAUGUGAACCUGGUGGGCUCCCACUGUGGUGUCUCUAUUGGUGAGGAUGGUCCCUCUCAGAUGGCCUUGGAGGAUCUUGCAAUGUUCCGUGCUAUCCCAACAUGCACUGUGUUUUACCCUAGUGAUGGAGUGUCUACUGAGAGGGCAGUAGAGUUAGCAGCAAAUACAAAGGGUAUCUGUUUCAUUAGGACCAGCCGUCCAGACACAGCAAUCAUACAUGAUGCCGAUGAGAAGUUUGAAAUUGGCAAAGCUAAGGUGGUGCGUCAGUCUAACAGUGAUCAAGUAACUGUGAUUGGAGCUGGAGUCACACUGCAUGAAGCCCUUGCUGCAUAUGACAUUCUGUCUAAGGAAGGUGUGAACAUCCGUGUAAUUGAUCCAUUCACUAUUAAGCCCCUGGAUGCUGCUACAAUUGUGGUCAGUGCUCGUGCCACUCGAGGCAGAAUAAUCACAGUAGAGGAUCAUUACAAAGAGGGUGGUCUGGGCGAGGCCGUCUUGGCUGCAGUGGGAGAGGAACCAGGCAUUGUGGUCCAUCGACUGGCUGUGAGCCGAGUGCCCCAAAGUGGCAAACCCCAGGAGCUGCUGGACAUGUUUGGCAUCAGUGCUAAGUCUAUUGUGGCAGCAGUCAGAGGCACUUUUGCCAACUGAAUCCCUCUAAUCCCACCCAGUCUUUACUUCCUGCUGACCUACCGCUAAUACAAGUGGCUUAAAUGCUUUUGAAACCUCCGAAAUGGUUAUUUUUUUUUUCCUUCUCGAUUCUUCAAAUGUGGCAGCUUUGCACAGGUUAUGAGUAACACAUGUCAUUCAAUUCAAGUUACAAAUUCAUCCUGACCGAUGAGAUGACCUUCAUAAUGGUUAGUCAAUUAUGGUGUUGUGCUUAUGACGCAUCACUUGUUUAACUUCUUUCCAUUCCAGUUCCUACAUUGAAAUUCCUAACUGAGUGUGUGAGCAAAAUGUAACAAGGCACUUGUAGGGUCUCGGUGCAUCUCCUCUGUAUAAGAUACUGUGUAUUUGCUUCAUUUGCUACUAAUCUUGUGUCCCAGAGUGUCAUCUGUUUAUCUUGUUACUGAACUGCCCAGAUUGUUGCUGAUUGUUUGAAUUGUUUGGCUCUGUCUGCCUUUACAAGCAGUAAUAAAAGUAACUGUUCAUCCAG